UUUCUGCCUAUAGUUUCUUUGAUCACUGUCGAUAUUACCCCUUUUGCUUUACAGCAUUCACAUUGUUAAACUUAUGCGAGUCCAAAUGGUGAUUUAGUCACGAUUAUGAGGAGCCCCGUCUGGUAUAGUGUCCAUGCCAGGCUCUUCAGGAAAUGUUUGAAUUUUGACGGGACGGUAUAUAAUCGUCUCGCUGCACCGUCAAGAGAGAGUGUGAGAGAAUACGGACUAAAAUGAAAGUUGUUAAAGUCCGAGGACCAAAAACGAAUUUUGGUGAAAAUCCUCUAAUGAAUCUCCUGCCUGCGUCAGGGUCAAUGAGUUGAGCUCCUCAGCUAUGGAGGAAGAUGCCCAUGUCGUCGUCCUCGAGAGCUGUGGUCCUCCGCUUGGUCUGCAACCUCCAGUCCCUGAAGCAAGUGGAGCAAGCCCUAGCCUCUGUCACCAAGCAGUCCCUCUUCUCGGAUCCCCUCAUAGCCUCCAAGCUCAUCGUCUUCUCCGCGCUUUCCUCACUGGGCAGCCUCUUCUUCGCACAGUCCAUCUUCGAGCAAACGCCGGGGGACAAUACCUUCAUCUGCAACACCAUGAUGAGGGCCUACUCGAGGAGCGCCUUUCCCGUCAGAGCUAUCGCCAUCUACAACCGAAUGCUGAGCUCGGGCUUGGAGUGCGAUAAGUUCUCCUACAAUUUCGUGCUCAAGGCUUGUGGGAGAAUGCUCUGGUGUGGGAAGGAUGACGUGAGCGGUGGGGAGAUGAGGGUCUCCCGCAAGGUGGGAGAGGUCCACUGCCGGGUUUUCGUGGUGGGGUUGGAUUCGGACCUACAUAUCCAGAACUCUCUACUGCAUAUGUAUUCAGAGUGCGGGUUGAUGGGCAGUGCCCGCUGGUUGUUCGAUGAAAUGACUGAUAGGACUGUAGCUUCAUGGAAUAUCAUGAUUUUGGCAUUUGAUCAGGUCGGUGAUUUUGCAGCGGCAGAUGAGCUUCUGGACUUGAUGCCAAGGAAGAAUGUGGUUUCAUGGAAUACCUUGAUAGCUAGGUACGUGAGGCUGGGCAAUGUGAAAGCCGCUGAGAGGGUGUUUAAUGAAAUGCCCGAGAGGGACACGGUCUCGUGGAACUCGAUAAUUUCAGGGUAUGCCCAAGUAAAGGACUAUGCCGAGGCAUUGAGGCUUUUCAAUGAGAUGACAGAUGUCGGGGUCAAAGCAACGGAGAUUACACUUACAUCUGUCCUCGGCGCAUGUGCCGAGACGGGGGCUUUGGACAUGGGCAAGAGGAUCCAUGAGUUGCUGAAGGAAAAGGGGCAAAAGAUUGAGGACUACAUUGGGAUUGCGCUGGUGGAUAUGUACGCAAAGUGCGGAGAGUUGACCUGCGCUAGGAGAGUAUUCGAUAACUUGGAGAUGAAACCCGCCAGCUGCUGGAAUGCAAUGAUCAUCGGGUUAGCAGUCCAUGGGCACUCUCAGGAAGCCCUCAAGCUGUUUCAUGAGAUGACGACAAGGAAGCGGGACGACGUAAGGCCCAAUGGGGUCACGUUCACUGGGGUCCUGACUGCGUGCAGCCACAAAGGGCUGGUCGAGGAGGGUCGCUGGCUCUUCGCCCUCAUGACCGAGGGCUACCUCAUCAAGCCAGAUAUGAAGCACUACGGGUGCAUGGUGGACCUCUACAGCAGACUGGGCUUGUUGGAUGAGGCCUAUGGGGUGAUAAGGUGCAUGCCGUUUGAGGCAAACUGUGUGAUCUGGAGGACACUUCUAGGGGCUUGUAGGACUCAUGGAAAUGUGGAAUUGGGUGAACUAUCGUUCCGACAGCUUGCCAAGCUCGGGACCCUUCGGGAUGGGGACUAUGUUCUCUUGUCAAAUAUGUAUGCUGAUGCAGGGAGGUGGGAUGCUGUGGAGAGGUUGAGGGAUGAGAUGGGAAGUGGCAAAGUUCUCAGGAGACCGGGGGCCAGCAAUAUCGCACUGGAGUAGUCAUUUCUUUUCUGAACGACUUGGAUCUUCGAGCUCGAACAUUAUGUCGGGUUCAACUGAUCCAUGGUAAGGUUGGCUCCCAUACCUAAUAGCCAUAAGCUAUCUUUUCAGAUUGAUGCCCCCUUCCCAGCUGCCGACAGUUAUCAAAACCUCCCCUAUUACUACGCACAACAGUUUCACAAUGCAGAUCAGAUGGAAGGUUCCGGUAAUGCUACAUACCAUCAAGACGUCUCGAGGCAUGUCUUGUUACCAUCUUGUCCCCGGAAAUUUACCGAGUCAGUUGCUUAAUGCUGAAUACGAGAAUCUGAAUUGCGACCUAUACCGCUAAACUGAGUCACUUUUAAUACCAAUCUGAUCUGAUUUGGAUUGGUACAUUAAUAACAGAUGGGUUCCAAAAGCAUCACUGUGGGCGUUGGACCUUUUCUCGAUCAAUCAAUGGUUUUACUUAGCUGGGCAUGCCCAAUUGGACCCUGUCAAUGGCUUUCUUUGUUGAAUGUUCCCAAUGGCAAAACUUGCUCUUCUUUC